AUGUCUCGAGGCAAUCUUUCCGCUGUUGCGGAGCUUCUUCGCAACACGUCAAUUGACCCUGCUGAGCUCGUGACGCGGCUUGAGACUUUUGACAGUGUGGAUGCGGAGGUCUUGCAUGGCGACCGCGAUGGCCCUGAGCAAGUUGAGCUCAUCUUGGCGGCUGCUCAGCGAAUGCAAUUGAUCAUGUCGGGUGCGGACACGGAGGCCUCGGUGGAGGUGCCCCUCAUCAGGUGCAUACUGCACCUCAUGCCGCCUAGAUUCGGGCCUGUGUCUUCGGCGGCUCUAUGGGAGUCUCAGUUCCCCAUUCUGCUGUCCCAGGUGUUCGAGGUGCUGGCAGGCAGCUCCUCUCAGCAGGUGCACAAGCACCUGACGCACGGACUGCUCACCGCAAUUAUACAGUGCGUGCAGGACGUCUGCGCGUCCGACUACCGACUGCCGCCGCCGCCCAAGAUGCGAGAUAAGGGUGUUCGCGGCAUGCCCGCUCGUGAUCGUCUGGGGGAGCUGUUCCUGGGGCCCCUCCUGGAGUUCCUCCCCAGUACCAGGUACUUUCCCCUGGCCGUUCGGCGUCACGCCGCGGUAACCCUCCUGGACCUGGUCACUCGCAGUAAGCACAACCAGCGGCUGGUGGCGGCUGCGGACCACCAGGGACAGGUGGAUAAGGUGUUCAAGGAGUUGCUGCCGGGGGCGGCGGACUUUGGAACGCAGCUGGAUCUGCUGGAGGCGCUGUUCCGAGUGGGCCGCAGCGCCGGGCCCCACCUGCUGCCCAGGUACCUGGCGGACAGAGGCCGGGCCCUGGAGCACAUGCAGCGCACCCUGGACACCUUUGCACGCGUCACGGCGGCGGACGGUCCCGCUGCCGCCGCUACAAUCGACCUGGCAGCGCAGCUCAGGACCGUACUGGUGUCGUACAAUGCAUCGCUGGGCGACAACGCCAGCGUUUUCUCGUACAAGACCAGGGCGUUGCGGGUGCUGGGCGUGUCCGGUGUACGGCAUUCUGACCCGUGGGUCGAUCUAGGAGUGGGGGGAGACCCCCGCGGCGGCCACUUCGCCCUCACCGUCCUGGUCCCGGACCCCGACGACCCGGAGCCGGCGCCGGAGCUGCUAACCGUGCCAUACAGCGACGUAUCGUCUGUGCACCUGCGUGACGCCCCCGGGGACGUUAACAGCUGCGAGGUGGAGAUCGGUGUGUCCCGAAUGCCCGAGGUGCUUCAGGUGGCCCUCAGUGUGGGCGAGAACGGUGACGAGCCGGGGGACGCCGGGGGUCCGGGGCCCGGGGGUGGCCGACACGGUGUAUCGGUUGUGCUUACGUUGGACAAGGACGCGGCCAAGGCCAUGAUGCUGCAUUUUCCCAAGGCGUAUUGGCGUAUUGGCACAUUCAUGAACCGUGCUGGGGCGGCGGCGGCUAUCCGCAGGGGUGUGGAUCGAGGCACUCCCGUAACCUCUUGUAAAGACCCCCUGAAGGAACCCUUCAAGACGCCCUCUUGUCUGAUGAACCCAGUCCUCAUGGAAAUCCUGAAACCCUGCCUAUUCCCACAGCGCUGCAGGGAGCGGUUGGUCGUACAGUCCCAGGACCCCAUGUGGGCGGAGCUCUCUCAGCUCCAGAACCACGCGGGCGCCUUUCCCAAGAUGUCCCGUGGGCUACCGAUCUACCCCGCGUUUGCACUGGGCAACGGCUACCCGCAGAGCCAGUUCGGGGAGCAGCAGCCGCAGCCCCAGCCGCUGCUGCCACACCAGCCGCCGCCGCCACACCAGCCGCCGCCGCCGCAGCAGCAGCAGCAGCCUGGUGCGUUCUUAGGCACGGAGGCCGCUGUAGGCGGCGGUGGCGGUUGCGGUGGCGGUGGCGGGGUAGGAGGGAUUGGUGGCGAGGCCGCAGCUGCAGAUGACGACGGGCAGGCGCAACACAGUGGAAGCAAUGUGGGUCCUGGGCCGGCCGGGUCGCGUCAGAACCGUCAGCAGCAGCAGCAGCAAAAGCAGCAAAAGCAGCAAAAGCAAGAGACGCAGCAGGAGCCGCAUCUGGAACAGGAGAUUGCAGGCGAGGAGGAGCAAGACGAGCUCACGUCGCCGCAGCUGCAGUGCACACCCGGUAGCGGCCGCAAGCGUCGCCGGCGCCGCACGUCCCUAGAUGCGCUCACAGACGAUGAGAAAGCGGAUGACGAUCAGCUGCACUUGCAGCAGCAGCAGCAGCAGCAGCGCGAGGAGAACCAGCGGAGGGGCGGGCAGGAGGAGGAUCAGGAUCAGGGUCGGCUGCCGGUGUCGCCUGAGUCGCAAGCGCUAUCGCCGGAGCAGCUGCAGCAGCAGCAGCAUCUAGACGGUGACCAGCGUGAUAAAGAGCCACCUCCGCCACCGGCGCCAUCGCCGCCGCCAUCGCCGCCGCAGCUGCAGCUGCAGCAACCGGAUGGAAGCAUCGCAAUGGCCUUAAGAGGACACCAGCCGCCGCAGCAGGUGCAGCAGAAGCAGCAGGACGAUGUGCGCAAAGCAAUGGCCAGCAAGGGAAUGUCGUCGAAUACGUUCGACGGCAACAAGCCCAACGGGCAGGCUGAAGAUGUGUCUCGGAAGGGUGCAGAGGCGGCGGGUAGACCGCCCAAUUCGGCCACACAGAAUGGGGUUCCGCGCCUUCCCUCCGAGCGGCAAGUUCAGAAUGUGGCUGGUGCAGAGCUGCCAGCAAAACCGCUAGCAGCUCCUGCCGCGGAGGCGGACGCGGCCGGCGGCGGAGGCGAAAAGCGCGGAACGCAACCACCGCAGGCACAGGCACAGCAGCAGGCUGCAGGAAAAGCUGUCGGACGAGGUGGUGGUAAGGAAACCGACGCUGCCGAUGCAAAGCCGGCGUCGGAGCCGGAGCCGAAGAAGGGUAAGGGCAGCAAGGCGCCGAAGCAGCCCGCCACAGACGCGCCGGGGCCUCUGAAGGGCAAGGGCGGCGCCGGUGCAGCAACUGCAGCAGCUACCAGUGGACGCGGCAAGAAGGCAGCAGCGGGGGUUGUCGCCAAUGGCGGUCAUGAGCAGCGGGAACAACCCAAUGCCGAACACGAAAGCGUUGCACCUGCGGCCAAGAAGCAGCAGAACAAGGACAAGGCCGCUACCGCAAGCACCGCGGCGGUCGACGAGACUGAGGUGGAAGAGGAGGCAGCCAAGACUGCAGCGAAGGCCGGACCGAAGGGUCAGGCCGCUGGGGUAGACAACGGCGAUGGAGGCGGUGGCAGGAAGCGGCCAGUGGCACGGCAGCCCGAGCCGGCGGUGGGUACAGAAGGACGGGGGGGUCGCGGCGGUGGUGCGGCGACUGAUGUGGAUGGUGUCCAGCAGAGCAAGAAACCCCGGGGUGCCGCGGGGCCGACCGCGGCGGCAAAUGGCCAGGGUCCCGCCGAGAAACGGCAGCCGCCGCAGCAGCCGCCACAGCAGCCGCCGCAGCCGCAGCAGGCCCCGUCCCGACUACCUCGGUUGAGCCCUCAGCCGACCUCUAUUACUACGGGACGUACCGCAGGCGUAUCAAAAACCUUCCAACGCAUGCGUAAAACCCCGCCCCUUAGCACGUUGACGGGCGAGCUGCAGGCCCCCAGCGUGUCGCUCCCGCCGCCGCUGCGACCCCCCCCGCUGUUGGCACCCGCAGCUACCAAGGAUGGCCAGACUGCACCGGCUGACGGCGGCGACGGCGGCCCUUGUCCUUCGACUGCACGUGCCCAGGGAGCAGAUCGAGGGUACGCUGCAGCGGCGGCAGCGGCACAAGGCGGAUCACGGGCUGGCGCAGGACCAAGCGGUAGGCCGCCGGUCGGGCCGGGCCGGGGUGACGGCAGCGCUGGCGGCGGCGGCGGCGGCAACAGCAGAGCACCGCCACCGCCGCGUGAAAAUCACCUAGCUGGGCCGUCAACAGCAGCGGCGCGAAGGACCGCAGGUGGUGCGGCAGCGGCGGCAUCUCCCAACGUGAAGGCCUCCCUGGACCCGAUUGAAGAUCCAGACACACCAGCCAACGCCGCCGCCGCUGCGGCCCGACGUGCAGCCUCGUACAAUGGCGUCGCUGCCGCUGGUGGGAAAAUCGCCGGUGCGCCGGCGACAGCGGUGGCGGCAGCAGCCCUACCGACCGUUGAAACGCGGCAGGCCGGCACAUUGGGGGGAGCCGCGGCGACGGCGGUGGUGGCGGAAGUCCCCGAGGAGAACGAGCCCAUGGAGGACGAUGCUAUCACCGGGUACGACACGACGGCAGUAGGGAUGCUGCAGGACACGGCAGCGUCGCCGCCUGAUGCGGGACCUGUGCCGCGAGCUGCCGGGUCCGUAAAGGCACGGGCUAAGCCUCCGGCGGCGGCGGUGAUGCAGCUGCCGAAGCUGGGGGCUGGUCACGGGGGCGCCGCGGUGGACCGGAAGGGCGGCGAGGCGUCUGCCGCGCCGGGGAAGGGCGCGGGCACGAUUGCAGCUCCUGCUCAGAAGCGCGGCAGGGCUGAGUCUCCGGAGGAACGGGAGGUCGAUCCCUACGAUGUUGUCGACCUUGCGAUGCGGGAUGGGGCGGUGGAGGACGGUGACGAAGCGCGCGACGCUGCAGCACAGCAGGCAUCGCCUGCUAAGAAGGCAAGGAAGGGAGCCGCGCAGAAGAUGGGCAGGAAGGGAGCCGCGCCGACGUCGCCAGGACCGCAGCCGGCGCCGGUGGCGGCGGGCAGCCGUCCGCAGCGGCAUGCCAAGGCAAAGGCGAUAGAGGCAAUGGCCGGCCAGCUGGCGCCUACGCAACCCUCUCCCAAGAAAACCUCACCGCAGCUCCAAAAGAAGCACCACCAGCACCAGCAGCAGCAGCAGCAACAACAACAAUCGCUGCAGCCUCAGAAAUCCAAGCUAUGUAAGCAGGCGAAGCACGGUGCUACGGCAUCCCGGGAGGGCGUGCCUGGCAUUGAGGCGGAGGCGGAGGCGGAGGCGAUGGUGGUGCCCGCGACUCUGGACGAGCAGGAGCAGCAGCUGGCUCUGGAGGGGCUCCGGGAUGCGGAGGCCGGGGCAGAUGCGGCAGCGGCAGCAGAUUGGCCAGGCGCACAUGACGCCGCCGCUGCUGACGGUGGCGACGGCGGUACGGCAGACGCCCUGCGCCGCAUGUACGCUGCCUGGGACAACGAGGAGGUUGCCGCCGAAGACGAGCCAACCGCUGGGGGGCAAGAUGAGGAACACGGCGGACACGAGCGGCAGGGCGGUGCCGCCGCCGCCGCCGCCGCCGCCGCCACUGGCGCUGGCAAGGGCCGCGGCCACAGGCCACCGCUACAUGUGGAAGGUGAUUUGCUGCUGAGAGAAGACCCGUGGGUCACGAAGGAGCAACAGCGGCAGCGCCACCGGCUCGUGGUGGACUUGGACGCUCCGGACGUAGAUUUAGGAGCCGUUGUCGGCGAGGAGGAUGAGGAGCUCCUUAGCGGAGCCGCACGCGAGGCGGGGUACCACCACCCCGGGGUAGCAGAGCCGGCCGCUGGGCACUAUGAGGUGGAGAGUGGCGGUGGAGCAGGCUUUGGGCGGCAGCCACAGCGCGCCCUCAACCUGGUGUUGGUCUCGCCUAGUCCUAAGUCCGUCUCACCAAGCCCGAUUCCACAGCAGGCUGCAGCCGCCGCCACAGCCACCCGGACCAAACCCGCGGCAGCAGCCCCACCGCCACGGGACGCUGGCGUGCGCCAGGGCCGCACACCCUUGACUGCGGGCCUUACAGCAGCAGCAGCAAGUACCCCGGAGCUGCCUAGGCUUGGGGCUUUAUCAGCACCGCCAAAAGCCGCGGCCGCAAAGGCCGUACCCGCUUCAGCGGGGCUUGCGGCGGCGCCGCCGCCGGGUACAGGCAAACCGCCGACAGGCAAACCGCCGCGGGGGGCCAAGAAGCCGCCGCAGCCGCGCCAGCCGGCAGCCAUGGCCGGAGGCCGCAGCGCCGCAUCCCUUCAGCGCACGGGGCCCGGGGGGGGUCUCCCGGCAGCGCCUGCUCCGGACGUGGUGGCUGGGGGCCUGUACGGCGCAGGUAUGCUCGGCCGACUCGGGAUGGAGCUGCUACCGGAGGAGCGUGGAGACGGCGGCGGCCUCAACGGCGGCGACGACAGCGACGUGGAGGGUGACGAAGGUUUCGGAGGAGCAGACGGCGAUUUUGGGUGUGGCGCGGGCGUGGGCAAGCGCCUAAGCUUUAACUCAACUGUCAAGUUGGCGGCCCUCAAGCCGCUGCCCUUCAUGGCGGGAAUCCGCGGCCCCGGGAGUACCACAAUCGGGAUACCGCCACCGGCAGCCGCCGCGGUGGCACCAUCGCCGCAGCUGCCAAUCGGUGGGGGGCGCGGUGCCGGAGGUGCAGCGGCCGCGGCUGCCAGCAGGCGCCGCCGCGGUGGCGGCGGUGGUAGAGGCGCUGGCGGUGGCCGAGCCGCGGCCUGUCAGAUCGAUGCGGACGGCGCCGAAGAGGCAGACCUGACGGCGCUGGCAAGUGCGAUGUUGCGGACGUUGGUGGGCGAUGACGGUGGUGGCGAGGGCGGCAGUCAAGGUGACGGCGAGGACGAGGAGGGGGGUCAGCUGCAGCAGCUGUUGACGGUAAUGAUGCAGCGCAAGAAGCGCAGGGCUGUGGCGCAGCAGGCGGCGGUGCUGCAGGAGGUGCAGCAGCGGGUGUCUGCAUCCGUGCAGGAGCUAGAGGAGGCCAUAUCCAAGGAGGCUUCCGCCAUGUCCAACAGAGCCAACAGGGUGAUGGCGCAGAUCCAGACCGCGCUAGGCAAGAAGCUUGCGGCUAUCGAAGCCCUCCAGGCGCGACGUGACCAGGAGCUAAGCGCUGCGUGGGAGGAUUACACGGAGAUGUACAACAGGGCUGCCGCCGCGAAGCAGGAAUUGGGCGCUCUGUUAGAGAAGAAGCGACAGGACCUGCAGCGGCGGGUGGAUGCGCUUUCCCAGUCGGCGGCGGCGCAGUUGGCUGAAGCAGCGCGGCGGGCGGAGCAGGCGCGCAAGGGCGCCUCCCGGAUGCCCGAGUUGCAGGGACUGCUGGCACACCUGGAAGCGGCGUAA